AUGGGGAUCCCGUCGAGGCACCCGGACCACGAGGAGGAGGAGUACGACGAUGCCUUGUUCUACGAGGACAUCCAGGCGCCCAAGUUCGUGGACCUCACCGCGCCCGACGCCGGCCGCCCCGACGACGACCCCGCCUGGUUCUGCCUCCGAGUCGGUUGUGACCAGAGCCAUGAGCAGGUCGACCCGGAGGCCCUGGACAGGAGCUUCUUUAUGCGGGUCAUGGCGGCGAGAAGCCCCAACAUGCUGCUACAGAAGGCUAUCAGCAGGAAGAACCAGAGCUCGAUGCUGAAAUGCCCGCAAUCUGCGCCGCCGAAGCCUCCGAGGGCUCGGUUCGCGAGGCUGAGCGUGGAGACGGAGGCCGCAGAUAAGGCACCGGCGAAGCCCAAGCCAAGGGUCCAGCGGAUCUGCGCCCUGCGAGCGUCCCCAAUCCGUACCAAGGCUGCGAGGGUCGAAUGUCCCAGCGAGAGGAAGAAGGCACUGACGACGCCGCGGAGCAAGGCCGUCCGGCCGAGGCCGGAGCUGUUCCACAGCGUGAAGCACCAGAAGGAGCCGUUCGCCGCUGCAGCCAGGAAGGGGACGGUCGUCAAGGCUCUGUUCAUGAGCACGCCAAAGAAGGAGAAGGUCCAGACGCCGGCGGCAGACAAGGGCAAGGAGGCGGUGCCUGAGGCCUGCUCCAAGCCGAGGAAGCUGAACUUGGCGUGCCGGGAGGUGCCGAGCAGGUACAUGUCUCAGCUGAAGAAUCCGAAGACUGCCAAGAAGGGUGAGGAGACCGCGGUGGCCAAGAGCGACAACCGGGUGCAGGAAUCCAAGACGAAUGCCAAGAAGAAAAUUUUAGGACGCUCGGCGAAGUGUGCUAAUGCGGAGCCUGAUGGAGAGAACCGAAAUGGUUGCAGCACUGCUGCAGACGAGAACUUGCUUGUAGAAACUGCUGGUUCCGAUCAGGAAAGGAAGGUGGUGCUGCAGGAAUUGAGAAUUGAGGUGGAUACAUCGCGAUCUGACAAUUCCGAUGACAACAAGGAGAAUCUGUCGAGUGCUCCGACUGAAGAAGCAUCGGACAAUUCACAUUCUGAAAGUGAAAACAGACAGUUGGAGAACAAUGAGAAUGUUCCUCUGAAGGAGAAUGUUGCUCUGAAGGUGGCCAAAAUGCAGAACAAAGUGCAUCCGGAGCAAGCAGGAAAGCUGAAGAAAACUACCAAUCCUAGGCCAUUCAGGCUAAGGACUGACGAAAGAGGAGUGCUUAAAGAAGCAAAACCAGAGAAAAGGCAGCCGUUCUCUGAGAAUAACUCCAUGGCAGUACUCAAGGAUGCAAACAGAGGACCGACGCAAAUGGACAAACACACCCAUGGCAAGGGACGAGACAAGCCGACCUGCGGCAAGAAACAGAAGAAACAAAGCACCCUGAUUGUAACGGGUCAGCAGCAGCUAGGUGAGUCCAGGCCGGCCUUCAACAGCAUCCAAUGCAAAGCUGUGAAACCACAGACAGUUUCUAGGGUUGCUGCAUCAUCAACUCGAAUAACCAGAACAGCAAGUGGCCUUAUGGCACCUUCCCGGGUUGGGAAGGAGAGGAAGGCUACCGUGAAACUGUCGAGGUUCCAAACACCAGUUGCUUGA